CCUAACACACGACUCAUGCUUCCGUGUACUAGUGGCAAGCGUGGAUCAAUAGUGUGGCGGAGAGGGCGGAGAGACACGAGCAAUCUGGCUUUCAAAUCACGCGCCACCAAUUUCCCGCGGUGGCCAGCAGGGCGGCGCCACCUCAGUGUAAACAUGGCCAGUCAAGACGAGGAGUUAGAUUUUAAGUCAGGGAAAUUUAACCCUGCCAGAGCACUUUCCUCUACUAAUCUCCAGCUCCCUGACCCUGAGGCGCCAGAGUUUGAGGACCUGUACAAGCUGAGGGAAACAGUGCACGGCCAAAGCUUUAAUGUGGAGCGGGAACUGCCUGGUGUACCAGGGCCCGGGGGCAUCCCGCGGCCAAUGGUACGCCAAGCCCCGGUGGAGCGGAAGUUCACCGCAGAGCAAGGUCUGAUACGAGGGAAGGGACCAAAACGAAUGCGGAACGUGAUCACCCGCAUGGAUGAGAUGAAGGGACCCCUGGCACUCCUCACUCAAUGCAGGGACAACUCAACGCGGGUCAAGGUGUACACGAGGAACCACAGUGAGGUGCGCGGCGUGCUGACAGGAUACGUGGUGGCCUUUGACAAACACUGGAAUCUGGCGCUCAGGGAUGUGGAUGAGGUGUUUCAGAAGAGGCUGCGCUGCAAGGCUCCGGCACUCGGUGACGUCAGUGGAUUCAUGCAUGUGGGUGACCUAAGCAUCCGUGACUCACCCGGUACCACGGACACGAGUUCAGACGAGGAACCCACAGGAAGAAGAGGGGCGGCAGGACCGGUAGGAGGAGGCGCGAGAGGAAGAGGAGGAGGAAUAAAGGAGGAGAAGCGCAGAGUGAUAGGAGGGCAUGAAGCAAUGGAGGCUGCAGCGAUCAAAUCAGUACAGGUGUCUAGAAACGCAGGUACAAGCGAGGCACAGGACGCCCACCGCCUCACCCUCGGCUCUGGUUCCCAAGGGCGUAAGGAAAGAAAGGAGGUGAAUGUUGAUGGGGAGGGAGAGCAGAGUGCCAGGAAAAAAAAUGGUAAGGAAGAGGAAGAAAAGGGAAAUAAGGAAGAGGCAUGUUAAUCAGCUGUUCGUGCGUGGUGAGAAUGUAGUGUUGAUCUCUGUGAUGAAGCCCUGAGUCACCACCAUCACCACUACCACCGCCAACACCAUCAUCACCAGCAUCACUGAAUCUCCUACGUGAAUCUAAAGUGCUGUGAUAAAAGCCCUCCCGAUCAUACUCACGAUAAAGUUGUUCCUACGUGUAUAUAGUUCUUACACACACACACACACACACACACACACACACACACACACACACACACACACACACACAAACACACACAUAAGCACACACACACGUACGCACACACAAGCAAAUGCAAACAUGAAGCCAGUCUGCCUAAACCGUAACCUGUUAAUUUGUUUCUCUUCGCACGAACGCUAGUAGUGCUCUCCUCCUCCUCCUCCUCCUCCUCCUCCUCCUCCUCCUCACGCCCAAGAGACGCUAGGGAACGUGAGGGAACGUGCAUGUCUACACUCACCCCCUCCUCCCCCUGCGGCCACUCUGAGCAAGGGCCGUGGCAGGUCAGUCACCCACGAAAAGAGGACAAGAGAGAAGAGAAAAAUAAAGAAAAAAUCCGUGUCCUUUUUUUCAAGAGUUUAUAAUGAGGUGACUUCUGAAGUGGAUAAUUUGUUUGUAGAUGGUUGUUUGUCUUCCUUCGGUGGUGUACAAAAGCAGGUGUGGAGUUUUAUUUUUUUUUUUUUUUUUUUUUUUUCUUUAUCGUUUCGCCACAAGGUGUUUCGUACCUGGAAUGUCUCGCUGCGAAAUUAUAGGUUGUAAGAAUGUUUGUUUGUGUUGAGAAUUGGACAUAAAUAGUUAAUUUCCUAACAUUUUAUGAGUUUCAAUACUAUUAGCCUCACCAUCACCACUACCACUACUAUUACUACUACGAUUACCACCACCACCACUACUAUUACUACUACUUCUACUACUACUACUACUACUACUAUUAGCACUACUAAUGUACUCACCUCAGGGCUGGCGGUGAGUGUCACGGUGCUGGUCAGUCACUUCCUGCAUGGGAGAGAAAAGUGUGAGCAAGUGCGUGCCAAGCCAACACACACACACACACACACACACACACACACACACACACACACACACACACACACAGUAAAUCAGUCAACAGGUAAAACACUCGUGACAGGUUUCGGACGGCGCUCAUCAAAGCAAACAACCACGCUGUCGAUGUUCUGAAACUUGACUCAAACAAAAACAAUUAGAGAGAGAGAGAGAGAGAGAGAGAGAGAGAGAGAGAUUUACUCCACCAAAUGUGGUUACUACUCGCAUCAUAAAUAAUUACAACGAUAUAUGACAAAUCAAUAACAACCAAAUGUAAAAUAUAAGAACGAUAUAAGUAAAACAUAAUAUUUAUCAAGUAAAACAAAAAUGAAAAUAA